AUGAAUUAAUAGCAUGAAUGUUAAUUAAAGACCUUGGGUUAUGUCAGAAAUUAUCAUUCAGAAUUUGCUUCUAGAAACAUUAUCAACCACACUCUCUAUCAUAAGUAUUCUGCAUCAUAAAAUUAUUACUACACUAAAGAAAUAAACGACAUUUUUGGUAAGAACAGAACACCGGCUACUAUUUAGUUUUAUGUAAGCAAUUCGUGAUAAAUUAAGGACGAUCUGCAAUAUUCAGAUUUAGGAGAAAGAAUGAAGAGAUAUUACCAUAAUAAUGAAUCAAGUGCUAAAAUUAAAUUACUAUCAGAGUUCUACAAAUAUCAUAAUGAUUUACCUCGCUUUACUGUUCAUUAGAAUAUCAUUAAAAUUUUGGAUGUUUACUAUGACAAAAAGCGAAAAUUGGAAUACUACAAAAUACAAAGAUAAAUAGAAUAUGAAAAUAGAAACAAUCCAAAUAAAACUCCAAAAGGUAUUAUUGGAGAUAAACCUGAAGAAACACAAACAACUCCAGAAUCUGAAAGUAGUCACAAUUCAACUAUCAAUAACAACGUUGAAAACAUUCUUUAAGAUAUAAAAUUAUAAGGAGAUUAAAAUUAAAUAAGCUAAGAAGAAAUAAGUAAAAUCUCUAAGAUCCAAGAAGAUCAGAAAAGUGAGAUAAUGGAUAUGUUGAAAGCCUUUAAUUAAGAUUCAACAAAUAAUAAUAAAAAUGUGUAGAAAUAUCAAGUGUUUAAGAAUUAAAAUCCAUCAAUUAAAAAAUCAUUAAAAUUAGAAGAGUUUCUGUUUUCUCAAUCAUCAAGAACUUAGAUUAAGUGUUCCAAUUAAAUUAGAGUUCCAUUAUCAACUAGACUUGCAACUGAUUCUGUAAGUAAGGUACUUAAAACAUCUUAAGAAAAAACUAAAGAUAUUCAAAAGGAAAGCUUAAUAUAACUAUUUAACAAAUAUUCUAAAUUAAGUAGGAUUAGGAGUGAAAAUAAAAUUGAAUUAAACAAAGAGAGCAAACAUUCAGUUCCUGAAAUGAAGUAGCUUGAACUUAAAAUUAUGAAAUCUAUUGUAGAUAUUGAAAAAAACAGUCCUAAGAACAAAAAGAAUAAGUCUGCUUAAAAUAAUAAAGAAUUGCAUUAAAUAUUAUGUAAAGCAAAUAAACCAGAUUCCUUUCGAGAGAUUAAUAGGACCUCUUAAAUAAAAUGCUCUUCAAAUUAGUCAAUUAAAGUCAAUAACUAAAUAAAUUGUUACAAAAUUUCAAAGAAUUUUAACACCCUUUUGAAUCCAAUCUCCUAUUCAAAUAAUCCUUAUGAUCAAAAGAGAUUAAAUCACAAACAGCUAUCAAAAUUAAAGGCAAAUGAUUUAAAAAAAUUGAUCAUUUACAAAUCUGACAAGAAUUCAUUAAAAGAGAAAGCUUAAAAAAGUAUUCCAAAAUUAAAUCUUCAAACUAUUAACACAUUUAAUAAUCUUCAAACUAGCUUGACUUUCAGAAAUCAAACAAGUUCUGCAUAAAUAUUGACUCCGAAACCUUUGACAGUGAGAUGUCGAAUUAGUAAUUUAAUUAAUUGGUAAGUGAAAAAUUUAUAACAUAAUAACACUUAAUAUAAAUGA